UUUGUCUUUUCUUCAGCAAAAACAAACCCAAAGGUCUUCCAGACACCACCAGAAAUCCAAAUCUUGAAAGGAGAAACAGCACGAAUAAACUGUUUGUACAGUGGUGGAGAUGAAGAGCAGAUGAGGAUUAAGUGGAUAAGAAACUCCAGUGUACAGCCAUUGUGUCAGCAAAUGAAAAAUAAAUUUAAUUCUGCUUCUGUUCCAUUAUGUGCAAGUCAUUUUCAAGUUACACUGGAUGUCUCAGCAAACUCUGCAUCUUUACUGAUCUAUAACGUUAAUCUAAGUGACAAUGACAUUUAUUUUUGUGAAUUUUCUAUUGAAAUCCCUCCCCCUACACUGACAGCAAAAGGAGAAGGCACGUGGCUGAAAGUGGAGGCACGCCCAACAGUUCAGUUAACAACCAAGGCUCCACCUGCCCCUAACGCUAGCGUACAGCUCAACUGCACAGCGGUGGAGUUCUACCCGGACAACAUUCAAGUGUCCUGGUUUAGGGAUGGACAGUUGAUCACCAACGGGACAGAGGAUGGGCCCCUCUAUUCUAAUAGUGACGGCUCGUUCUCCAGGGCAAGCUUCCUGAAUCUGUCUGUACCUGACUGGAGUGACGGUGGGAAUUAUUCCUGUCAGGUGAACCACUCGACACUCUCCGCACCAAUCAUUAAACACAGCCGUGACAGCAGCCCAGGUCCUGUAAAACAUAAAAAUUAUUGGAGAAUAUUGACAUUAUGCAGUCUACUUGUGCUGAUAGUUGCAGUAAUUUGUAUAUACCUGUAUUCAGUUUCAAAAAAGAAGGUUCCAUUAUCAGUGAUAUCAGCCAGGCCUGAAAAUGAAGAAACUGUGAAGCCGCCAGUGAGACAGCAGCUUAAUGAUAACAGUGAUGAUGCUAUUUACUCGCUGCUUGGCCAGCAUUAUGUGUGUUAAAUAUGAAAAGGCCACCUGUUUAACCAAAGACUGUCUGUGUAAUCUUAUUCUUUGAACGUUCAAAGUCUCCUGUGGUAUUCUUUCAGAAAAUCUGGCAUUCCUUUUGCUGCAUUCUGCCAAUUUAGUGUUGUUCUAGAAG